AUGUCAUCAGUGAGAAGGUUGACAGUUGUUCUGAUUGACGUGGGCACCUUCGAGCGGCACACUCUGCCUUUCCGCACCUCCGUAAGGCGAAGACUCCCGUCGUCUUCUCCGACAGCUAAAGCCUGGGUGGAGAGCUCAAAUGAGAACUUGUCCAAUUCAUCCUAG